UACCCGGAUGUGGAGUUUACCUGUUGUUUCUCACCUGAGAAAUCGAUUGCAUUUGUCUACCGCUGUUAAUUAGAGGGCCUUACGCAUGCCUUUAUCAUGUCAUUGAAUAUGACGUUUAUUUUCAAAAAUCUAUUAGCAAUCUUAAUCUUGGAGAUUGUUUUUGGCGACGAUCCGCCGUGUGUAUGUCCAGGCGAGAGUACGUUGUGUAAACAGUUUCCUUACCACCAGGGGGAUGACAAAAAACAGGUGAUAGUGAUAUCCAACAGCUCCCUGGAUCACCAGGUGGUCAAGAACUGGCGAUGGGACUCCCUGACUCACAUCUUGGAUCACGGGCCGUGGGACAACAACAGUGACCAUGUCAUGUGUGAGACACACAGGAACAAUCAUCAGUAUGGUUUCUAUGUGGAGUUUCCUGCAGGGUACAAUGCUAGUGACUUGGCCAUUCAAACAUUCAUUAACACCACCAGGAACAGAACACACCACCAAUUUGUAGAUUUUGUGGGUGUUGACUUGCUGAGAUUGCUGGGACAGUGUGGCAACUCGGACCAGCAUAUUGAUGACAUUAUAAACGUGACAGACACUGCCUUCAAAGCCCUCAAGGAUGGGCUUAAUAUCGAGAUCUACUGUGUGAUGCCUUGGGAGCCACCGUGUUUGAAGACGCCCACUUGUGGGAUCACACCCCACCUGGGCAAGAUCUGCGAUGGCAUGAUGCUCUACCCAGAGAGUUAUGUCAACUACUGUGAGGACUCCUGCAUUGCUAAAGCCACUGUGCAGGCCAGCAAACUAUACUAUGGCCUGACCGAGUAUGAAGCAUAUGGAUUUCCAGCAGAGAAAAUCUUGAUGGGCAUCCCAUGGUAUGGUUACAACUACACCUGUGAAUCAUUCUCACCCUCAGAUACCCACCCAGUCUGCAGACUGAAGAUGAAGCCCUCUGACCCCAAGAACUCUUCCAGCCCCCUAGUGUGUGACCUUGAGGGGUCACGAACCAAGAUACGGCUUGGGGCCAUUGAAGGAAACAAGAUGGACAUAGUUGUCUCUGAUGGCUUGUUCAAUAGAGGGGACCAGGCUCCAUACUUUGUGUACAAUGCAACUGAUAAGUCAAACACCACUUACUACAUGGCCUGGUAUGAGGACAUUGCCAGCUUGUUCUUCAAAUAUCAGUUGGCUGUCAGCAUGAAACUGAAAGGGGCUGUGGUGUUUUCGGGGGAUGAUCUGACCUACACUGAUCUGGGUGAGGAUGUGAGCGGGUUUGACACCAAGAUGUGGGGCUGGAUCCUGCACUUCUUGCUGCAGUCCCCUGAUGCUGUGAAGAAUGAGGAAAAAAACUAUGCAGGAAUGAUGGCUGGCAUUGGUAUAGCGCUGUUCCUUGUGGGUGCUGUCCUGGGUAUUAUACUAACGUGUAUAGCCCUGCGCCGUAGCAAACAGCCCCUCAGACGCCCCUUUAGCCGUGACCCCGCAGAAGUUGAUGAUUACCAUGAUGAUGAUAAUCAACAAUUAUAGAGCUAGGUUUCAAAUUUAUAUAAAUUCAUAAUAUUCAGUUAUUUUUACUCAAGGGCAUAUUGUUGUUCAAGAGAUAAAAUAAAAAAUGAUGACUAGUAAGCAGAUUCAAAUAAUAAAAUCUGUAAUUAUAGCCUCUGUUAUGUAGAAAAGGGGGGUAUAUUUCGAUGGCUAUGAACGUUUGUCUGGAAGCGUUCUACACUUUUCAACAUAAAAACAUUAAAAAGCUUUGAGGCAUGUCUGUGUGCAGACAAAACUUUUCUGGAGUAAUUCUUCAUUUUUUGAGGUACAAAAUUCAAUAUUGCAGGCAUUAAUUUGUAAAAUUUUAUGUUCUCCGGAGCACAUUGAAAUCUAAAAGAGGUAUCAAUAUGAAACUUUUUUGGUAGGGAAAUCUCAUACCGGAGAUGCAAGUACCAAAUAGCUUCAUUAAUUGGGAAUUAAGCACGUCUUGCAGACUAUUGGAGUAUUGGAUGUAUCACAUUAACAUAUCACAUGUGGGUAGGUCUUAAUUAUGGAAAGGGAAGUGUGUAAGAACAAUAACUCCAGCUUUCAUUUGCAGUUAUUGCCAUCGUUAAUGUUUAUACUGCAAUUUUCUCAACGCAAAAAUUAACUAUAAUGAGAUACAUUGUAUUAAGAUUGAAUUUUAUAGGUAGGAUGCUUUCAUUUUUUGGCCUGUGCCCAUGCAGGGGGUAUUUUAGGCAUGACAGUGACAGUUGAGUUGAUACUAAUUUGAUGUUUUAUUUUUGUUCUUUAUUAUUGUUGUUGUGUUGUUUUUUUCCAAGAUAAAGUAUAUAUAUAAUUAAGUAAAGCUUUUUGAUACUUUUCAUAUUUUUUAUGUAUUGCAGUUUUUUUAUCACAAUAGUGCACUAGUGCUUCUGAAAGAAGAUCUGGUCUUUUUUGUGUGUUAUUAAAGAAAACUUUGUUUGGGAUGAACAUGAAAUUUGUCGACCCAUAAGUAGUUAUUUCCAAAAAAAAAAAAAAAAUACCGUUACAGAUAUAAGCUUUGCCCGGUACCUGUCUAAAAUUGGUCUUUUUGUGAUGACAGGUUUUCUAGGAACAAUAUUUGUUUAACAUGUUUUUAUUAACAUCAUGUACCUUGUUUGGCAUUAUUGCAAAAUCUAUCACUUUUUUCGCUGAGUUAUUUGUAUUAAGGAAUAAAUCUUGCCAUUUCUGAUCUUUGAAAUUUGUAAGGUAGUAUUUUGUAUUGGAAGCCUUUAAAACUUUAAUCUUGUAAGAAAGGUCUUUAAUUCAAUUUAAUUUUUGAAAACCCUACAAACAAAAGCAUAUCGGCCGUGCUCUGUGAAAAAGCGGUUAAAUGCAUGUACAUGAAGUGUUGUCCCAGAUUUGCCUGUAAAGUCUCCGUAGUUCGCAUUAGCAAAUUUGAGAUGACACUUACUGCCUAUGCAGGAAUUUGGGAUUACACUUACUGCCUGCAGGAUUUUCUUUGAGGCUUCCUCUGUACAAGAAAUCCACAAAAAUGCAACGUGUCUGAUAAGACAAUGCAGACUGCACAGGCUACUGUUUGAAGAUACUUUAUGCAUAAAGCCCAGUUUUCCCAGAGCUUUGCCCAUAUGAGUCGCGUUCUGAGAAAACUGGGCUUAAUGCAUGUGCAUAAAGAAUUGUCCCAGAUUAGCCUGUGCAGUCCGCACAGGCUGAUCAGGUACGACACAUUCCGCCUAAAUUGGAUUUGUGCUUAGAGGAGACUUCAUUUAAAUGAAAAAUAUCAUAAAAGCUGAAAGUGUUGUCCCUGAUUAGCCUGUGGGGAUUGCACAGGCUAAUCUGAGACGACACUUUACGCACAUGCAUUUUGCAAAGUUUUCUCAGAACGAGGCCCAUUUGUUUGAGACAUGUUUCCAAGUGGACACAAUUCAUGCUCUGAUCUGUAGCCAGUGUGAUCAUCUUGGACAAUAUCAUAAUAAUGGUUGUGGCAAAAAGGAAUAUGUGUAAUGGUGCUCAUUGAACAUGUGAUGUAAAGGCAGCACAACACCUGUAUUUUUGUAGUACAAAGAUUAAAAUAAACAUUACUUACUGGAGUUUUAAAUCAAAUGUAAAAUGUCAUAUUAUUUUAAUGGCUGCUUUUAUUCCGUGGGUCAUUAAAAUAAUCCUGACAUUAAGUGUGAACAAUUUUCAAAUUACCAAAAAUAAUGUUAUAUGUGUGUUAAACAUUAUCUCAUUUUUUAAUAUAAGGUUUUAGAAUUUAAAUGUAAUAUAUAAAAGUUUCAACAGACAUCUGUGGUAACAAUUUUUUACUUUUUGACUUAAAUAAUGUCAUGCACACUUGUAUUACAAAGAAACAUUAUAUCAUCUUCAAGAGGCCUUACUAUGAAAAAUAGUCACAGUGAGCAAGGCGUUAUAUUGCGACAUGUAUAUGUAUUUUGCUUGAGCUUUUUAAUGUUAUUUGUUGGUAUGUCAUGGUGUAAGAUGUGUUUUAGCUGCUCAAGUCAUCUAUAAGGUGUUCAAUGGUUUUUUUGUUCUGGUUCAGAUUAUCUUGUACAGUACUAUUAAAUUCUUUACCUUGAUGUCUAGGUCGUCUUAUAAGCAUGGGUUAUCGUGACCGCUCUUGUGAAAAUUUUAGUUAAUUGUCUCUUUUCUCAAUAACUUAGGUAAAAACUUAUGUAAUAAUAUUAUGAUUUCCAUUCAACAACUUGGUUUAAAUUUCUUUCCAUUCCAGUUUGCCAAGUUCAACAAAGAUUUUAAAUGUUUGAUAGAUUUUGCAGACAUUGUAUUUUCACUACGGCUAUUCCAGUAUUUGAAAGAUCUUUGGCUGAAUGAAUUAAAUCUUACAUAAGUAUUACACUUUGCUGGUUUAAACUUCAAAUAAUGUCAUUUUAGAUCAUAAGGGCUCAGAACAAAUAAUUUAUUCCACUGAAGGUCUUCAUAUUCAUGCACUGCCUUGUAGAUCUGGAUCAUAUCUGCUCUAUUGCAUCUGUAUUCCAAGGUGACCAGGCCUAGUUUCCUCAAUCUUUGUCCAUGUACUAGUUUGGUAGCCCUUCUCUGGAGAUCUUCAAUUUCCGUCUGUCUUCAAAUAAGGCAACCACACACACAAGCCAUACUGCAAAAUUGGUCUUAUCAAUGACUUGUAAAGUGGUAAAAACGUGCAUAUCCUUGUAUUCAAAUGACCUCUAUAAUUCCCUGUAAUUCCUGUGUAGAAAUUUAGAUAUUGGUCAAACAUCACCCCAAAUUUUCUCCUGUGAGACAGCUUCCACUUGACUAUAAUUACCAUCCUUGACUUUCAUGGAGUAGGUGAAAUCAAUUUUUUUGCCUAUAUGUAGAACUUUACCUUUCUUUGCAUUAAAAGCCAGCUCUCCAUCCUCACGCCACACACAAAGAUUAUCUAAAUCUUGCUGUAACUUCUUGUAAUGUUCAAUUGUUGAUUCUUUCGAGUAUAUCUUGGUGUCAUCUGCGAAAAUCUUAAAUAGCCAAGUAACGGCCUCUAGUAAUUCAUUGAUGUAGCAAAGGAAGAGAACCUGUCCAAGAACACUACCCUGUGGUACUCCGAACCAAUAAGCAGAACCAAUACAUACAAACUGGGUACUGUGUGACAAAAAGUCCUUAAUCCAGAUAAAUAGAGCUCCUUGUAUUCCCAACUUACUUAAUUUGUGAAGCAGAUAAUCAUCAGAAUCGGAAUUGAAGGCCUUAGCAAAGUCUAAGUAAAUCACAUAUUACAGGAAUCCUCUCGUCUAAUGCUACUGUAGUGUCCACUCAUCGAAUAUUUCAAGUAGUUGUACAACACAGAACGUCUUGCUCUAAAUCCUUAUUGUGCAUCAUUAAACAGGCGGCUUUCAUUCAUGUACUAGUAUUUCAUUUCUUUGUCUCUGAUUAACUUUUCACAUAAUUUGCAAUUGAAGCCAGACUCGCUGGACAAUAAUUUGCUGGUAUGUUCUUAUUACCAUUUUUAAAAAUUGGUAAAAUUUUUUUGGCCUCAAUCAGAACUUUGGGGUGGACAUUAUCUGGACCAGGUGAUUUAUCCAGGUUUAAGAUACUAAGAGCCUUAAACACUUCCUUCCUUGGCACUGUAGUUUCAUCCAGCAGCUCUUUUGUUUGCCAAUUAUUUGCCAGCAUACAGUGUACUUCUAAUGGGCAGUUGUAAUGUCAUUGGUUUGAUCAUUUAAGAGAUAACUCGUUGUCUGAACCCACAUUAUAUAUUUUGUUUUCACUUCAUAAUAUCCUGUGGGGGAACUAGCUGGAAAUCUUUUGUUUUAAUAGCUCAUUACCAAUAAUCUUACAUGUCAACAUAAAUAUCCUUCUAAUGAAGUCUGUGAAGCAUUGAUCAUAACAGUUAAAAUGACGAAGGAAGCACCGUCUUUAUUGAAACUAGCAACCGUUAAAUAAGUGAACAUUGGCCUUUAAGACGGUCAUGUAAAGACAUAACAGUUAAACCCAGUAAGUUUCAUUUUUUACUUCAUAGAAAAAUGCUUGAGUGUUAUACGUAUUCAUGUAUAUUUAAGGAUAAUGAAUGUUGUAUUUUAUGUAUUACAACUAGUUAGUGACGAUUUUUACAUUUUUCAUACGUGCAUGCAAUAUUUGAGUAUAUGUUUAUAUAAUAUAAUAUGAUUUAAUUUGAAAUUUUGUUCAAGCAACUGUAUAGUGAGUGAAAUGCAAAUAGUAAAAUGUAUUGUUGCCGUAUGACAUUGUUAUCAAAUUUGUUCAUUGUCUUGUAUGGUUCAGUGUCAUGGCAACGUUCAGCAGAAUAUCUGCUGGGUAGUUAGACAAAUCAAACAAGAGGGCCUGAAAGGCCGAAAGUCGCUCACCUGAGAUAAAAAGAAAUGACCUGUUCUUUGCAGCCCAAGAUAUCAAUAGAACAAAUGUUCUAACCAAGUUUCAUGAAGAAUGAACAACAAAUGGCCCCAUGGCGGAAAUGUUUUUCAACAGACUGGAACCAUUUUUGAACUCGUCCAAGAUAUUAUUGGGACAAAUCUUCUGACAAAGUUUCAUGAAGAUCCAACAAUAAAUGUGGCCUCACAACGGAAGACAGACAAUUGACAAAAGGUGAUCACAAAAGUUCACCAUGAGCAAAAAAUAUUAUGCUCAUAAAGAUUGUUACCAUGUGUGAAGAUCAGCAAGUGUCAUUCAGAUUGAACUAAAAAUGUGACAAAAAGUAUUCACAAUGUUACAAUACUGCCCCGCCCCCUGGCGGCCAUGUUUUUCAAGGGACCGGAACCAUUUUUGAACUCAACCAACAUAUCAUUUAGACAAACAUUUUGACAAAGUUACAUGAAGAUUGGGCAUCAAAUGUGACUUCUACAGUGUUCACAAGGUUUUACUUUUUUUUGACCUAGUGACCUAGUUUUUGACCCAGCAUGACCCAGUUUCCAACUCGGUCAGAACAUUUGUCCCAUUGAUACCUCGACUAAAUUUCAUGAAGAUCAGACAAUAAAUGUGGCCUCUGGCGUGUUCACAAGGCAAAUGUUGACACCGCACAACGGACAAAAGGCAUUCAGAAAAGCUCACCAUGAGCACGUUGUGCUCAGGCGAGCUAAAAAUAUUGAAAAUGUCGUUUGGAGUCUGCCACAUUUGAGGUGGAAAACCAGGCUUCAUGCAUGUGCAUAAUAUAUUGUCCCACAUUCGCCAAUGCAGUUUACACAGGCUUAUCAGUGACUUUACUUUUAAAUUUGAUUACAUUUUUCAAUUCAAGAACGUCUCUUUGUCAUUUUGUUUACAAUAGAAUAUAUUAUGUAUGUUUCUGUGUCCAAAUGUGUUUUUCUGGCAUCAUGCAGUGUCAGUGACACAUUUCUAGUUUUUGUAUUGUUAUCAUAUUACUUGUUAUCUUUUUGUGCUUGUUUUUUUUUCUCACAGAUGUUUUAUGCCUAACACCAUGAGUGUCUUCUGAGUGUUUUCAUUUACCUGCUCACAAAAUGUUUAAUGAAUGUGUUAAAAGAAUCUCCGGUUUGUCUAGUUUUCUGUGGAAAAAUAUAUUUAAUUAAUAAGUUCUGCCUUUUCCUUUGUGUUGUUUUGGUUUGUUUGACUAGACUAUGGUCAAGAGUGAUUAUUUUAUGUUAAUGUAAUGUUGUUGUUUCUUUUAAGUUUAUAUAUCACUGGUCUUAUUUGUUUUAAAAUCAUUAGGUUUGUCAGCGUCUUUCUUUUCUUAUUAAUAAAGAAUUUUCUUUAGUAUGGUGUAUUCUUGAAUGAAAUUAUUGUUAAAAAACUUGGAAUGCAUUUGCAACAAAAAGGGCAACCAAAUAUCCAGGAUCAAAAAACAUGGUUUGCAUUUAAACCAAUCAUUUGUGAAAAAUUGCUUAAGGGCAUACUUUGAUAAAUUGCCUAUUUUUGACGGACACAACUAUUUUCUGGUAUCUAACCUCAAAUGGUGAACAAUUCCAGUUCUCUGUAAAUGGUUAAAAAAUAAUAAUGCAAAAGACUUGCUAUGUUUAACAAUAUAUAACAUGACCUGUGUUUCAUCGCAACUGGUAUCUGUAAAACCAAAGCAUGUUUCACAUGAUGCAUGUUACAUCUGUAAAGAAAUAGUAUGUGAAUUACAUAAUACGAAAUUAGUUUGUCAAAUGUUUUAUUUUCAUAUCUAUAAUUGAUAGCAUGUGUCACGUCAUACAGAAUUAAUCACUAAAAUGUUUUAUUUAAAUACAUAUAAACGCGUAAAAGCUAACAUGUAAAUACUUAAAAUUUGUAUCUUUUAAUUAGAUUUAUUUUUUUUAUAUUGACUUAUUUUAUGUAUAUAACAGUAAUCAAAGAACAUUGUCUUUGCAUAUUAUUCUCAAUAAUUAUUACAGAAAUCCAAUUGUUUCUGCCGAUUAUAUUCAAGUUUGAUAGCAUUUGUAUGACCCUCAAGAGAGACAUGAAGUUUCUGCUCUGUCUGUUCACAAUUUUUGUUUCUUACUGCAACUUGCACUCCCAACAGAUUUUCCUUUCUAGCUCUAUAUUAGAAUUGUAUUUGUAGAAGCCUUGUAUCACUGAUUGCCUUCUGAAGCUAUUAUUUCUACUAACAGAAAUUUGCAUUUAUUUUUCUGAGACAUUCCAUUUAUUGUACCCUUUUAUAUUUGGUAUGUUUCUAUUGCUAUUAUGGUUAUAUAUAUGUGCCGUAUAAAUAUCAGAAAUCAUCAAA